AUGGUUCUCGAAGCUACUAUGAUAGUUUUGGACAACUCUGAAUGGAUGCGUAAUGGUGAUUACACGCCUACUCGUUUAGAGGCACAAAAGGAUGCUGUUAAUCUCGUAUUUAGCUCGAAAACACAACAAAAUCCAGAAAAUACUGUUGGAAUGCUAACUAUGGCCGGCAAAAGCCCCGAAGUCCUUGUUACCUUAACCUCAGACCAUGGCAAAAUACUGACCGCACUGCAUAAAACACAAAUUGGAGGUAAAAUUAAUUUUACAACUGGUAUUCAAAUUGCUCAGCUUGCACUUAAGCAUAGACAAAAUAAAAAUCAAAGACAACGAAUCAUAGUAUUUGUGGGCAGUCCGAUUGAUACUGACAAAAAUACUUUAGUAAAGUUAGCUAAAAGGACAAAAAAGAACAAUAUUGCUGUAGAUAUCAUCAAUUUCGGGGAAGAAGCCGAAAAUACUGCUAAAUUAGAUGCCUUUGUGAGUGCGGUCAAAAGUGGUGAUAAUAGGCACGUAUUAAUUAUGCCAGGUGAAGAUGGUGGCGUUCCUGCUGGAUUUACUGUUGGUAGUGGUGGUAGUUAUGAAUUCGGCGUCGAUCCAAAUCUCGAUCCCGAAUUGGCGAUGGCAUUACGCAUUUCGCUUGAAGAAGAAAAGCAACGGCAAGAGGAAGAAAAGGUACGACAAGAAGCUGAAGCUGCAAAAUCAAAAAAUACUACUGCUGGGGUUGCCAAUCAAGAGGCAGAGUCAACAACAAUGGCUGUUGAUCAACCAAUUACGAGUGGCGAUUCAUCAAACAGAAAUGAAGAUUCUUUGGCACAACCAUCGGCUUCAGAAAAUGCAUGUAUAGAUUUUAGUUCAAUUGAUGGGGAUAUUCAAAUGGAAGAGCUAACUGAAGAAGAGCAAAUGGCCCGUGCCAUUGAAAUGUCAAUGCAAAGUGGUGAUGGGAUUGUCGUAUCGGAUGAAGUUAUGAAUUCGGUGCUGCAAUCCCUACCGGGAGUAGAUACCCAUGAUCCAAGAAUUCAGAAUGUUCUUCAGCAGGGAUUUUCAGGAAAUAACAAUAAUCGAAAGGAGAAUGAUGGCAAAGACAGUGAAAAUGAGAAAAAAUAA